AUGGGACCAUGUGGUUGCGGAAAAUCAACAGUAGGAAAUUCGUUGGCGAUUCGAAUUAGCUGGCCAUUUAUAGAAGGUGAUGACUAUCAUUCUGACAAGAAUCGAGUUAAAAUGUCUAUGGGGAUUCCGCUGAAUGAUGAAGAUCGUUUGCCAUGGCUUCAGUCCCUAAGAAAUGAGUUAAUGCAACACAAGAAUGCCAUAUUAGCAUGUAGUGCUUUGAAAAAGUCCUACCGAAACAUUUUAUCCAGUAGCAACGAUGUAAAUGAUCCAACAAGAACACUUUUUGUGUUGCUAAGUGCAAAUAAAAGUCUGCUACAAAAACGGGUCAGUGAGCGCAGGGGACAUUUUAUACACCCUUCACUUAUAGAAAGUCAGCUAGAAACAUUAGAGUCAUUUGGAGAAGAUGAAAAAUACCUUGUUAUUGAUGCUAGUAACUCUCUCACGGAUAUUACUCAACAGAUUAUGAAUACUUUGUCCACAUGA